AUGGUGCCCGUAGUCAAAGUCCUGAAUCGGCAUCAAUAUUUAGAAUUUAAUGAUCAUAAUGAGAGAAUUGCAGGUCAUUGUUUGUUAAAACAAGGACAUUUUAAUACUACUGCACCGAUUAUUAUGCGGUCAAACAAAAGUUGCGAAGAGACUCAAGAACAAGAUCAAAAGCAACGAAAUUCUCAAUCUUACGAUCCAUUUAGUCAUAUGCUCACAUCUGAUUAUGUGUCAAAUAAAUAUGACUGGAAAACAACUAAUGCUCCAUUUCUUUAUGACGAAGCUUUCCGUUGCAUGGGGUUUGGACAAAACAUGGAUCAACGUUAG